UGACAUCUUUACCUUUUCUCUUAUCCAUUCUCAAACGCCAAAUGCUUUUAAAUUUUAACUUGAAAGUGGCUAUUAGUUUGUAUUUUAUUGCUAUCGUGAAUGCAAUUACCACUGAUCAAGAGAAGCUUACCAAACAGUUUCCAUACACUGAUGAUCCUUUUUUUAUACCCCCUUCACAUUAUACAAAUGCUACACCCGGGACUAUACUCCGUAUCCGUGCUUCACCAAUUAAACUAGCCGCUUUUGCUAAAUAUCCUCAAAAUAUACAUGGUUCUUGGCAAAUCCUUUUUCGAACGACUGAUAGUUUUGGAGCUCCCGAUGUAGGCGUGACAACACUUAUGGCACCUCAUAAUGCAGACAACAAAAAACUUGUAUCCUUCCAUAUCAUCAACGAUGCAGUCAACGACAUGUGUGCAGCAUCAGCUAUAUUGGAAUUAGGAGCAAAAGCACACAACUUUUUGACUCAACCUGAAAUUGUGAAUAUAGAUCAAAUGCUUCAUCAUGGAUGGUAUGUUAGCAUACCAAAUUAUGCAGGGUCACAAAAUAUGUAUACAGUUGGAUUGAUGGUGGCUCAUGGUGUAUUGGAUUCGCUUCGGUCUGUUGUAGCAAGUGGAAAUAUAACGGGAAUGUCUCCUGAUGCUGAAAUACAAAUGUUUGGUUAUUCUGGUGGUGCUAUGGCUUCUGGUUGGGCUGCUCAAGAACAAGUGACUUAUGCUCCUGAACUCAAUAUUAUUGGAUCUGCUAUGGGUGGGACACCAAGGUCAUUGAAUGCAACCAUCAAUGCUGUCAAUAAAGGAUUAUACUCUGGAUUGAUUCUUACUGGAAUUACGGCCCUGGCUCGACAAUACCCUGAACUAUAUACUCAUAUGCAAGAAAUUGUACGUCCUGAACAUUGGAAUGACUUUGUACAAUCAGAUCAAUAUUGUUUAGAGGGACUGGUGGCUCGAUAUGCUUUUUUGAAUGUGGCUGAUUAUAUGAAGACGAAGUAUUAUUUGGAUAGUCCUAUGGCAAAGAAGAUCAUGAAUGCUAAUGAUCUGGGAAACGGAUCCAUACCUACGAUUUCUAUGUAUAUGUUCCAUUCUUUACAAGAUGAUGUGGUGCCUUUUGAUUCCUUCUAUCCUCUAUAUGAAAGAUGGUGUGCUGGUGGUGCUAAUAUCAUGCUUACCAAGGAAAGAUAUGGGAUUCAUACUAGUACUUAUUCAACAGGAUUUCCAGCUGCACUCAACUAUAUGAUCGACACUUUUGAUGGCAAACGACUUUCGCCUGGAUGCACCUCGAGAACAACUGUCAGUUCAUUAAUCAAUAAACGUGCUUGGGGAACAUUUAGAAAGAUAUUCCGGGAUGCUCGCAGGUUUAUACAUGGGGCAAAGAUUGGACCAAAUACUUGAUAUAGAUUAGUCUUUUUUUUAUUCUUAUUAUUCUUAUUGGUGAUUGUAGUUUAGAUAUUUAGUUUUAUACAAAUAAAUCUUCCUUUAUCAUUC